CGUCACCUGACUCCUUCUCCACCUAGUAUCUUUUUACCCAUUUCUGUGUAUUCGUUUACUGGGGACGCUGUGCGAGGUUUCAGUUUAUCCAUUCCACUCUCUAACUGCCAACUAUGCGCGAAUACAAACUAGUCGUCCUCGGUUCUGGUGGCGUUGGCAAAAGUGCUCUGACUGUGCAGUUUGUGCAGGGAAUCUUUGUGGAGAAAUAUGACCCCACCAUAGAGGACAGUUAUAGAAAGCAAGUAGAAGUGGAUGGUCAGCAAUGUAUGUUAGAAAUACUUGAUACUGCUGGAACGGAACAAUUUACAGCAAUGAGAGACCUGUACAUGAAGAAUGGACAAGGUUUUGUACUUGUCUACUCUAUCACAGCGCAGUCAACGUUUAAUGACCUACAAGAUUUAAGAGAACAGAUUCUUAGAGUAAAAGACACAGAUGACGUAAGUGUGAAUUUAGGUCACUGUUUCUCUUUCCAUCCAUUGCGGAAAUACUACGCAUUUCUUGAAUCAUCAGCCAAAGCCAAGAUCAACGUCAAUGAGAUCUUUUACGAUCUGGUACGCCAAAUAAACCGCAGGACACCAGACCAAAAGAAAAGAGGCAACAAGGGCAGCAGAAAGAAAAGCACCUGCCAACUCUUGUAGUUUUUUUAUAGUCUUCAGGUUUCUAGAGAAAAUUUUAGCAGAUCUGGGUUUAAUGUAGGACCAACAACCACAGAAUCACAAAUGUUUGAGAGACAUCGGUCUAGAAGAAUAUUGCAACUAUUUAUGAUGCACUUAUUUUCAGCACUUUUAUCAGGCUGUGGUGGAAUCUCUGUCUGUAAAUGCAUGACUUAGUUCAGUUAUUUUUAAUGAAAAACUCAAUACUAGCAUUGUUUUUAGUAGCUAACAUUUCUCCACCUUGCAUGUAUAUGCUGUUAACCGUCUGCAUUUAUUUCUGAUGAUUGACCUUCUGUGUUUUGUAUAAAUAUGAUGCAAUAAGAAUAUUUAAAGACGACAAAAACCCUGUGAUUGUGGUUUACAAUCAAUAGUCGUCAGUUUCGCAGGACAGAUCAUUAAGCUCAAUUUGUAAAUUGUGUAUUAUUUUUUAAAUUUAAAAAAAAAAAAAAAUGAACUACCAGUGCUUUUAUGUACAGUGUAGAAAACAGAAUCAAGUCAGGAAAUCGGGCAUCAAGUAAAUGUAUCAUGAUUUUAAUUUGGGUUAAUAGUAGUUAAAUUUUUCAACUGUGUGUGAACUUGUGCAAACUGCUAUCAUUUUAUUUUCAUGUACGAGCAGAGGAACAAUCAGAUGUGACAGACAUGCAAACUUUCAAAUAGAGGUCAACAGAGGUUUUCUUUUUAAAGAAAAAAAUAGUUAAUUUGUAAAAGUUCUCACUAGUAUUGUAUUUGUAAUAAACUUUACUUUUUUUUGAUAUUUAAAAUGCUAGUCAGUUUUAGUGUAGGCUUCCCACCAGAUGUUUACCACAAUUUAUGAUGUAUUUAACACCUUUAUCAAGCACUUUUAAUAUUGUAUAUAGAAAUUUGUUGCGGGGGCUUUCAAGCACUGCCGAUGGUUUUGAAACUGAUUCAGAGUUUGAGUUUGCGCAUAAAUUAAUUCCAGUAGAUUAUUCAAAAAUUUAAUUUGUAAAAACACAAGACGCACUGGUGGUGCUGGUUUCAUCUGCCAAAUACACAGAAAUGUCUUGUUUCUCCAUAUUUCUCUUUUAAUGUAAGUACCCCCAACACACCCUGCCACAGGGCUUAUAACAAUACCUCCCCUCCCCUGCCCUCUCCUCCCAUCCCAUCCCCUCCCCAAAUUACUUUGGAAAUUGAAACAUGACCAUGAAUGUUUACACAACGCGACUUUGCUACAAGUGGUUCGACUCAAACUUCGUGCUUGCAAGUAAAAGUACUAGAUUCCAUUCAUGCUAAUACACUGACCUAAAUCUAUGGAAAAUGUCGGCCACCUUUCCCACAAAGCAAACAUAUUUUAUAUAAAUUUAUUUUCAGUAAAACAAAUAACAGUAAUGAUGAUUUUGAAAAAAGUCUCGUGACAUGCUAGAAGAAAUGGAUGACGGGACAUCAACAACAUUACCUAUCUUUUCAUGAUCUAGUUUUACAAAUCUUUCAUUCAGUGUAGCAUGAGGUUUUUUUUUGUUUUGUUCUUAAAAAAUUCCUCCAAAAAUUGUAAUUGAAAGCUAUUAUUAUAUUAAAGUACUUACUUU